GAGGCUGUGGAGCGCGGUGGCUGCGGACUCUCUCCAUUCUGCGCCCCGCCGGUCCCAGCUUCGGCCCUACAAGCCGGCUGGUGGAGAUUAGGAAGUGGCUGCCUGAACUAUUUUCUGAAGGAUAAAUGUCACACAGCAUUGAGUACAGCAGCUCACCAAGAAAAUCCUAUUGGUCUGGGGCAGGGAUCACAUCUUCCGGCAGCCACAGGGGAUGCUGUGCCUCACAAGGUUUUGCGUAGGUCCUGCGCAGCGAUGGGGAAACUGCAAAGCAAGCUCAAGCACAGCACGUACAAGUACAGGUUCGGCAGUCCUGCACGCAGCAGGCCCGAUGGAAUUCUAGAAGAGAGAAUUCAAACUAAAGCUUGUCAGGAGUACAGCCCAGCCCACGUGGAUACUGUGUCUGUCGUCACUGCUCUGAGCCCAGACCUGUGUGUCUCUGGAGGAAAAGAUAAGAUUCUGACGACUGUGCUGACUCUGCAGACAGUGGUGGCCUAUAACUGGAAAACCGGAAAUGUGGUGAGACGUUUCAAAGGACAUGAACGAGAAAUCACGAAGGUAGCCUGCGUGCACAGAUCAAGCCAGUUCUUCAGCGCCUCUCGCGACAGGACGGUCAUGAUGUGGGACUUGCACGGCCCCUCCCAACCAAGGCAGCAGUUCUCUGGCCACUCCAUGGUGGUCACUGGGUUGGCUGUGAGUCCAGACUCUUCGCAGCUGUGCACUGGCUCUCGGGACAACACCCUGCUGCUGUGGGACAUUGGGACCGGACAGUGUGCGGAGAGAGCUUCCAUCUCCAGGAACCUGGUCACUCACUUGUGCUGGGUCCCCCGGGAACCGUAUAUACUACAGACUUCAGAAGAUAAAACCAUCAGAUUAUGGGACAGCCGGGGGCUGCGGGUAGCACAUGUAUUUCCCACGAAGCAGCAUAUUCAGACCCACUGCGAGGUCAGCGAGGAUGGAAACAAGUGUAUCUCCUGCAGCAGCGGCUUUGGAGGGGAAGGCUGCGAAGCCACACUGUGGGACCUGCGGCAGACGCGGAACAGGAUAUGUGAAUACAGGGGGCAUUUCCAGACUGUCGCAUCCUGUGUCUUUCUACCAAGAGCUUUAGCCUGGAUGCCGACGGUUGCUACCUCAUCACACGACUGCAAAGUCAAGAUCUGGACCCAGGAUCCUGGAGCCUGCCUGUUCACCUUGUCACUGGAUGGAUCGGGACCUUUGACCUCCCUGGCUGUUGGCGACACCGUCUCCUUGCUGUGUGCGAGCUUCAGCCGAGGAAUUCACCUGCUCAGGGUGGACCACAGCCAAGGGCUGGCACUGCGGGAAGUGGCAGCUUUCUGAGGCCAAGAGACAUUCACUGGACAAUAUCAAACCGUGGCCUAUCCUUU